GCAGAUACAACUGUGUGAAGAGCAGUAACACCGCAGAGUGAGUUAGGUGAAGUAGUGAGACCGAGCAAAUGGAGAAAACAUUUUGGAUACGUGGUUUGUUCCUGCUGAUUUCAAGCAGUGUUUUAGAGACUUCUAACAGUUUAGUGGAGGGUUCGGAAUCAACACGGAGUUAUGACUACACCAAGUAUCACACCAUGGAUCAGAUAUCCAGGUGGAUGGAAGAUGUGGAGCAAGGGACCCCAGAGCUGGUCUCCUCUGCCGUCUACGGAAACACUUAUGAAGGAAGAAACAUCACACUGCUGAAGUUGGGACUAGGAAACCCGGAGGGCAAAGAGAAGAAGGUUAUCUGGGUGGACUGUGGUAUCCAUGCUCGGGAGUGGAUCGCUCCGGCGUUCUGCCAGUGGUUCGUCAAAGAGAUUGUGCAGUCCUACAAAACCAAUAAGAAGCUGGAGCAGAUGCUGAAGAACGUUGACGUCUAUGUUACUCCUGUGGUCAAUGUGGAUGGAUACAUAUUCACUUGGGCCAAUGACAGCACGCGUCUGUGGAGAAAGUCUCGUUCAACACCUCCUCCAGACGGUAGCUGUUAUGGGGUCGACCUCAAUAGAAAUUUUAAUGCCAACUGGGGAACGGUCGGAGUGUCAUUUGACAGUUGUAACAACACCUACUGUGGGAAAUCAGCAGGGUCAGAGCCAGAGGCUAAAGCUGUGAUGGACUUUGUUGGUGGGAUGGUUAACCGGACUUUGUGUUUCCUCACCAUCCACUCUGCUGGGCAACUUAUUCUCCUGCCAUAUGGCCACCCUGAGAUCUCUGCACCCAACUACGAUGAACUGGUUUCAGUCGGCGAGGCAGCAGCGGCGGAGAUGAAGAAGAUACAUGGAAUGGGCUACACUGUAGGAACAUCUCCACAAAUCCUCUAUCCAAACUCAGGCUCCAGCCGUGACUGGGCUCGACUCAUUGGCAUCCCGUUCUCUUACACCUUUGAGCUGAGAGACAAAGGGGAGUUCAGCCACUUGCUACCAGAGGAGCAGAUCCAGCCGGCCUGCGAGGAGGCGUACGCAGGAGCUCUCUCCAUCAUCACAUACGUUCACGACAAGGCCUUCAACAGCGGUACACUCCCUAACGCUGCUGUUUCUGGGGUCGCUAUGAUGAUUUGGAGCACCAUCAUGGCUGUUUAUCUCACCACAGGGGUCUUGGUGUAAGACAGUGAAAAGCAUUAGUAGAUGAGGAGAUACUGAACAGGUCUGUCAUCUAUUUGUAGGCCUUUCUGAUUGAGGCAUAUACCCAAAUUCUAUCAUCAGUGUUCAUAUAUAGCUAAUAAACUAAUCAAAGCCUGAGGUCCUCUAUGCUAAAACAGCUAUAACACUAUCCAUAUUUUUCAUUUUGAUAAGGGCGGACAGACUUUUUCAGUGA